GACUACGCCGACUAGUAAUGUUUCUCACCAGUUAUGACUUUUUAAUUAUUUUAGGUUAGUAUUCCUGAUUAUUAGAACGUAUUCAAUUUACAUACAACUCAAACGAAGCUGCUGACAUGUAAGAAAUGGUCCUUAACCUUUUAUUCGUAGUAUAAUUCACAUAAUUUUGAGUUAUUCCUCUCUAAACCCCCAACUUUCAUUUAGUUAAAUGGUCUUAACCACAUCUUACAUAUAACUAAUUUCGUGUUCGAGGUUAUUUUAUGUUUUCUUGGCCAGUUUUUUAGCGGACAUUAAACUAUUCAAUUCAACAUAAGAGUUUUUCCAAAUAGAGCUAAUAGCCUUGCUCAGUUUCGACUGUAUUGUCAACGUGUGUUCAUGAGUCAUUAUGCAAUAGUCACGUCAUUAUCAUGCUUGUGUUGCUGAAAAUGGGAAUUACCCGUCACAAACGCACAAAAGGCCUGUUCACCUGAAAACAAUCCACGGGAACAAAUGGAACCAGUCACAAUCCUCCUGGCCGAAAACGAAGGGAUGAGCAAGGCGUCUGACACCACCAUCCAGGUCUGAAGGGGGCGAGACGAACGAAGACUCGCUCCUGUCAGUCGCCCCUCUAAGGACGCUACUUCAAGGUACAGAUCCCUUGGAACGGAACUAGCGAUAUGGAACGGAAUAUACCAUGGAUAUGGCUUGGCCAUUUGAUCCUCAGCAGAGACUGAAGCGUGGUCUGAGUGACGUCCCCCACUCUCUCCAACUCGACCACAUCGUCAACAUCAAGCAUGAAAGACGUGUCAGCAUACUGGAACGAAUCGAGUCAGAAGGAUUGCAGCCAUGUGGCUAUGAAGAAGAAGAAAUCAGACGAAACAAUUUUUUGUCAUUGCUGCAUUUCACCACUCGUGAAAAACAGAAAGCUCUGGAAAUAAAUUCUAAAGUUUGUGAAAAUGACCCGACCAAUAUAACAGCAUUAGUUAACAAAGCCGUGAUGAAAAUGGCGACUGGUAUGAGUGAGUCACGAGCAGCUGUCGAAGAGCUGCAUAAACUGAGGACUAGAGAUGACUACAAACAGUUAGUCGUGGUUGCCACAGCCGAGCAGGCAUACUGCAUGUCUCGCAUUGGCCCUCACCUGCAUGUCAAAGCCAUUGAUCUUUAUGAAAAUGCCAUUAAAGAAUUUCCUGAACAGUACCUGUGGAAAUUCGGGUGUGCAUUGACUUGUAGGAGAUGCUUAGGGAUGCCGAAAUGUAUUAAGGGCAUGACAUCGGAAAGGGUUAAAGAGUUUUGCGAAAGAGCAGCACGAUAUCUUUCUGAAAUUACUAACCGCUGCAAGAAGCAACGUCUGAUAGCAAAAGCGUUUGUGGAGCUGGGUUGUCUGUACCACUUGCUGAAAAGGCCAGCUUACCCUUUAACUCGGCAGAUUGCUGACAAAGUGAAAUUAGAACGUCCAUCACUGACCGCAGCGCGAUAUUUUGAUAUAGCCCUUGAAAUAGUCAACAAGGAGUCUCUACAAGAUGAGUUCGUUCUUGGAAGAUGUGGCAAACUUCUACUUUUUGAAAGACCAUACGAUCAAUAUCCUAACACUUUAAUGGAAUGUUAUAAGUUACUUGAGCGGGCAUAUGCUAUCAGACCAAGUCCAGAUAUUUGUGAUAAUCUAGCGAAGAUAUUAAUCAAAAUGACAGAGCAAAGCUCUGGUGAUGCCGGUGGACGUGGACGUGGGCGUGGACGUAGACGCGGUCGUGAACGCGAUCAUGGUGUCUGGGGGAGCCAUCGUGGACAUAGACAGCCUGGGAAUGACGCAGGAGGCUCUGAAAUGCCAUACAGAGAUAACUAUGCCUCCCGCGGUGGUAGCAUAGCAGAACCACAGAGGGCACCGGCUGCUGAGACAUCACUAAAUACAGAGGCUGCAGAAUCUGUCCCAAAGAUGCAGGCGAGCAGUGAUCAACAUCUCAUGUCAGAAAGUGUUCUGGCUCCCGAGUUUGCGAAACUCUCAAUACAAAACCAGCUGCGAGGAGGCAGGUCUCAUCAGACGCUUAGGAAAAUGCUUAACUCUCCAAAGCAGGUAGUAAAACACCCUAAUCACGAAUAUCUGAUCAAGGCUGUGCAUUAUCUUCAAAAAUCAAUUGAUAUGACCAAGGAAUGCAAUCACCACGCCAUGUUUAACUUAGGAUUAACCUAUAGGCGACUUGAUAAGGUGGAAAAUGCAGAGGAGCAGUUUCGGAAGAUCAUCGCUGAUAUGAGUGCUUCACCUUUUCACAAGAGUGUCGCAUAUGAACAGUUAGGCUUCUGUCUGUUUGAGAAGAUCGAAGGGAGUCAGUAUAGUGAUGUGCAGAAACAGAGCUUCAGAAAGGACGGCACGAUGAUGAUGAGACGAUCCAUAGAACAAGCAACCUUUAUGGUUGCUCAAAGCCCAACAAUGGGAAAGGAUGCUUUAACUUCAUGGGAAGCGCUGCCCACACUAAAACAGCUUCUAAACGAACCAAACAAGCUCGAUGGUGUCAAGGAAGUAGCAAGUCUGUGUGCACUAGUCGGUGCCCACAGAGAAUCCAUAGAGUACUACGAACAACUGCUACUCGUGAAUCCUGACGAUCCUUCUUUGCUUUCUCAAGUCAUUAAAGAAUACAUGUUUUCAAGAGAUUUUGAAAAUGCCCAGUCAUGCCUUAACCUUAUGUUGUGUACACAAGAAGGACGACAGAUGGCCGACAACGAACAAGAUUUAGUUUACCAAGUAUAUCUUGGGAUUGCCAAGCACCUACUCGGCUCCGAGCCCACUCCUUCCAACAAAGACUCUAUACGGUCGUGUUUUCAGAGUGCUUUCAUUCACAAACAUGGGUGCACGUCCAGUGAAGAUGAUAGAACCUGGGAUGUCUUCGUGCUGGAUGACCCCAAACAGACAGAUGCUGAGGCAGACACAAUCCAGUCAUGGUUCAGGGAAACUUGCAGCUUGUCUGUUACCCGGAAUGAUGAUAACGCUUUAGGUUAUGAAAUUGAACUCACCGCAGAAAUUAAUGCUAUGAGUAAAUGCAAAUGUUUGGUAGUCCUGUUGGGCAAAGAGACUGCUACCAAACGACUAGAGAAGCUUGUUGCUAUCGCUCACCAGUGUGACGGUCUGGAUGUCAUACUUCCCGUUCUGACCUGCCCACAAAAAGAUUUGGCAGAGCUUGAAAGACAAACGUCCAGUUGAGUUGCCGUCAGACUUUCUGACAUGUCAACCAUCUCAACCUCUCAUGAAUAUUUUUUUAUCACUUCUAAACUUGGAUUAUACCAAGUUUGCAUGGUUGGAUGAAACAAGUAAAAGUGAAACACAAUAAUUCCAUGUACAUAGACAUAUAUCUCCCGUAGCCUACCAGGUGUCUGAAGUCGGCUGCUCCAAGGUGACAUUAUACGGGGGGUUAUCCGGAGUUCCAUCAGAUGUCUUAGGAUAUGACAGCCAACAUGACAUUAGACCGAUCUGCCAAUAUCAACGAGUGUAUGUGAGCCAGGCAGCCAGCGGGAUCGUCUCUGUGUCAAUCGAUCGAGAUAGACGAUGAAAGAGUCACUCGUCUCUGGGAAACCAUGGACGGACAAGUUAUGUUUAAAUGUUACAGAUUUUGUAUUGAGACAUGGUCGUUCAUUCUACGUGUUUAUUUUUGUGAAAUGUGCGACUCAGUUCGGAAGGUUAAAUUACAAGAUAGAAGUAUACGUUGAAAAUGUGUAUAUAUAGCUAUGGAUGGUUUACCGCUACCUUCCUAUUUACAUUGACUAAUUUAAAGUAAAGUCAUGGCAGUUACAUAUAGUGCCUCCCGAUGAAAGACAGACAGCAGCUUUGGUUGCAAACUGUUGCACUGCGUAAUUUCAAUAUUUAUUAUCUUAUAUAUUCACAAGUAUUAUUGUAUUUUUCUGACUCCUUAUUUCUGGAAACUUUAUUAAUGAAAAUUCGAGGAAAGACCAUAUCUUUUUCAUCCUACACAAAGAAAACGAAAGUAAAAAAUACAGAAGAACUAGAAUUAAAAAUAAAACAGGUCGAAGAUACUAUUCGAAAAAGCUUUCGAAACAUUGAUGAAGAACUUUUGAGUGAACUAUCAAACUAUAAGAAAGAAAUGGAAUAAAUUAAAAGGGAGGAAAUGAGAGGAAUACAAAUUCGAAACCGAAUUCUUUGGUAUGAAGAAGGAGAUAAACCUUCAAAAUAUUUCUGCCAUCAGGAAAAUAGGAAUUUCUCAAAAACAUCAAUAAAGAAGUUAAUAACUAAUGAUAUGAAUGAAAGCAAAUCAAUACUGAAUGAAGUAAAACUAUAGUAUAAAAAUCUCUAUGCUUCUCAGGAACAAUACAAGGAAGAAGACUGUUUAAAGGAUAUUAAAACUCCAACUUUAAACAAAACACUAAGACACUAUCUUGAAAGAGAAAUCAGUUUGGAUGAAAUUAACCAUGCUGUUUACAGGAUGAAGUAUAAUAAGAGCCCAGGGAUUGAUGGAUUUGCUAUUGAUUUCUUUAUAAAAGAAUUGGAAAGAAUUAAAAAUAUGGAUUUAUAGAUUUAUUAAGAUGUAUCAACAAAACAUGAAAUAUCUUUGAAUAUGAAAAGGGGUGUUAUCACCUGUAUUCCAAAAUCCAAAAAAGAUAGAACAUUACUUAAAAAAUGGAGGCCAAUCUCUUUACUUAAUGCUAUUUAUAAAUUAUCAGCUCCUGCAUUGCACAUAGAUUAAAAACUACUUUAGAUGAAUUUAUUCACUCUAACCAAACUGGUUUUAUACCGGGUAGGACUAUUAGUGAAAAUACAAGAUUGUUAUAUGAUAUAAUGUUUGAAACAAAGAAACGAAACAUUCCUGGUUUGCUGAUUCUGAUUGAUUUUGAAAAAGCGUUUGACACUGUUUCAAAAGAUUUUAUCAACCUGAUUUUACAUAAAUUUGAAUUUGGCCCUGAAAUGAUAAGAUGGAAAAAUAUAUUAACUUAUGAAACAACAUCUUGUGUUAUCCAACAUGGUAAUCUGACUUCUUUGCAAGUAAAAGGGGAUGUAGACAAGGAGACCCACUAUGUCCAUAUCUUUUCCUUUUUGUAGCUGAGAUUCUUGGUUGCAUGACAAGAAAUAAUGAAAACAUCAAAGGUAUUGUUAUCAAUGAUAAUGAAUAUACACUGGAUCAAUAUGCUGAUGAUACUGAACUAUUUCUUGAUGGAACUGAAGAGAGUUUGUACUCUACUAUUGACACAAUUAAUACAUUUUACAAAAUGUCAGACUUUAAUUUUUUCUUUUAGGUAAAUCAAAAGCAAUCUGGAUUGGAUCAAAAGCCAAAUCUAUGGAUAAAAUAUAUAAUGUUCUGAAAAUUGAAUGGGUGAUAAGUGAAUUUGAUCUACUAGGUAUUAAAUGUACACCAGAUCUUGAAGACUUAUGGGUAAUCAACACCAGAAAGAGACUGACUGGAGGAAAUUAAUAGCUAGACUCUUAGCAUCUUGAAGAAAAAGAAAUUUAACACUUAUUGGUAAAAUAACUGUAAUAAAAACUCUAGCAAUCUCCAAAUUGGUCCAUAUUUUCAAUUCCUUGCCCAACCCACCAGUAGAACUUAUCACGUCCCUUGAAAAAAUGUUUUUCAAAUUUAUUUUGAAUGACAAGAAUGAUAAAAUAAAAAGGAAUGUAAUUAAAAACAACUAUGAAGAAGGAGGUUUGAAAAUGAUUAAUACAAAAACAUUUAUAGACGUUUUGAAAUUUUCUACUUUAAGACGGUAUUUCAAAAGAGGUGAUAAGGAUAAUCCAUGCAAUAUAGUUGAAUAUACUUUUCAAAGACAUAUCUAUUUUUGGAGCAAAUUCUGAAACUUACAUUAAGAUUGAAAAUCCUUUUUGGCGUGAUGUGCUAAAAGCAUGGCAACUAUUCUACAAACAACAUUAUAUUGACCCAAAUAACAUUAAUGAAAUUCUAUCCCAACCAUUAUGGUUUAAUCAUAAUUUUAAAAUUCAUUAAACUUCAUAAAGAACUUGGCAGAUAAAGGGAUUAUAAAUAUUAGGGACAUUUGUAAUGAAACUUGAUUAUUGUCAAUAGAAUCCUUAAAAGAAAUAUAUGGUAUCAAAGGUACUUUCUUAGAUUAUAGAUAACUUGUAACUUGGUCGAUGUACGUUGCUUCUAGCAUAUCGUUUGUAAAUGUAAAUAUUGUUUAUGUACCUCUUAUGCAGCAGUUUGCAUCCUGAGUAAAUAAAGUUCAGUAACAAAAGUAAUACAUACUCUACUACUAGUUAGGCUUCACCAAAAUAUUAUUAUUCAAUUUUUCAGAAAGGUUUAUUGCUACUUCAAUAUUCCCAUGCGGGUAGUUAAUACGCGUCAGAAUAAAUAAUGAAUUGAUUGAGUACUGGUUAACACCACUUGAACGAUAUUCCAGUUAUAUCACGACCCUCGAGCACGGUAUCAUGGCAAACUGGUAUUUGAACCCCCCGAUCUUAGGGUCACAACUCUGGAUCUGUUGUACAUCUGUUCCAUCGCCUUGUAAUGACACAGCCUACCGUGACUGUACAUAUAUGUUAUUUUCUAACUGCAGAUAAAAUCUUUCUCAGGUUGUGUCUCUAUCUCUUGAACGCAUGAACCAGUAAAAAAUACCAUUGUGUCUGAUGUUAGCUUUAUAUUUAGCUUCAAACAUUAUCUCUUGUUUACUGAUAAUUUUAUCAGACGCACUUGAUAAUAGCAAAUGUCAUUGUAACCUUUCUCACUAUUAGGACAUAUAGGUCAGAAGACUCGAUAUUAUCGUUCUGCGUCCUGUCCCCAUUUUCUGUUCUUAAACUACGAAGGAAUUUUGUUAUCGGAACUGUAAACACUGAAUGUUAUCUGGUUGAGUAGAUGUUGUAUGCUUCAUAACGAUAAUACAUGGUCAGACGUGUAUAGACAAGCUACUUGUCACAACAUCUUUUACCGUCAUGUUUUAUACAUGUUACUUCCUGUAUUAUGUAGUUUGUGCAAUGACUUAGACUAGGCUUAGAACUCUGAGAAAAGACCCGAGUUAAUUCUUCAUCUAACAUUAGUAACAGCGACCAGGAUUUUAGUAAACAAGGAAUUUACUAUCCUGUCUAGGGGUGUUUUUCUCAUUUUUUCACACACCCAAUUGUCAGCUCAUGAUCACAUAGAGCACGAUUGAAUGGAUAACUUUCCCAUGGGAUGAUACUUUCCGGAAGCAAAUUAUAUCUAUGAAAGGAACAAAUUACUAUAUUUCCCCAAAAUUUAGUCUUUAUUGGGAACUGAAGGCCGCAAUCCAUGGUAAAAAUCUAUUCAGUGUUCAACAUCAGAGUGGGUGUAUCUUCAUAAGUGCAUCAUAAAUAAAGCAAUAGUUUGAAUUAAUAUACGACUACUAGUUGUCAAGAAGGUUGUUUCAUAAACUAGCCUAGGUAUAUAUUUGCUUCUAAGUUUAUAAAUUAGUGGAAACAUGGUAUUCGCAUUCAGUGACAUUUAAUUUAAAACAUUUGCAUAUUUUAAGAAGAAAUCUUCCCCUAGGAUACAUCAUGACGUAAUGCACUCGACGAAACUGGGAUUAGGCUAUUCUUAAAAAUUUUAAUAUCGAUAUAACGUAUAUAUCAAGUUUUGCAUGUCACUCUAUAUAUUAAUUACAAAUUAAUUUAAGAAAAACUGUUUGCCUCUAACUCUCUUCCAUAUCCACGCACAGCCAGUCUAAACAGAACUGUUUUGACAUGUGACGCACAGACGAUAUUAACAUAUUGCAUAAGAGAAAAUUCAUAGAUGCCAUUCACAUAUAACAUAGGAGUAGGACGCCAAUCCACAUAAACAUAUAUCAUGGUGCUGUAGGCGCUUUAAUUAAACCAUAUUGUCUUGAAAAUAUGCUCUAUUAUUUUUACUCAUAUGCAUACCAUUUAUUUAAUACUCUUUUUCAUUUUAACAACUGUAAAGAAAUAUUUGAUAGCCCUGCUUGGAUGGUAUGGCAUACAUGAUGAGUAUAAAUGCUGUGGCAGCUUAUUAAAGUUAUUCUUUUAA